AUAUGAUAGGCAGAGUUGUAAUAAUGUUGCUAUUGUAUCUAAUUUAUAUUUCCACCUAACUGUUUAAGCAGAUUUAUCAGUUUAUUCCUCCUUGUAUUAACUUUUUGUUUGAAAUUGUUAUCCUUUGGACAGAUUCUGUGGUAUGAUAGUUUUACUCACCCUAUCAGUCUGGUAAAGUGACCUCACAUGGAUCUGAGUCUACCAUAUUUUAAAAUUUGUUAUCAUUAUAGCCUUCUAGUUAUGAUUAUGAUUAUUUUGAUUUUCUUUUCUAAAUGUAACAUUUAUUUAACAGGAUGCAUCGGUUAAACGUCGUAAUAUGAUUCAGUCUUUAUUGGAAUUUAUUGAGCGCGCUCAUAAUGAAUUAAUUUGGCUGCGUGAACGUGAGUCAUGCGAAGUGACAAGAGAUUGGAAUGAAGUCUAUUAUGAUGGUUUAGAUCGUGUUCGAAUUCACUUUCAAAAACUUAUGCAUGAUAUUCAUGAAAAAGAAACUGUCUACAAUGAACUCAGUGUAUUGGGUUCAUCAAUCCAGUUAGACAAUUAUGCUGUAACUGAUCUUGUACAGACUUAUCUCAAUGCGUUAGAACGUCAUUGGGGUUGGCUAAUACAACUAACGUAUUGUUUCGAAGCUCAUAUAGAACAAGGAACUCGUUUCCAAGGCUUUUUCAAUGAUGUUAGACAAUGUGAACUUAUGCUGACUACAGCAUUAGAGGAAUUGCGUUCGUAUUAUGAAUCAACUCUGAAGGCGACAACAAGUGAACGAGGUGAAGCACUGCUGAAACAAUUACAAGAGCUGUAUACUCGAGUAAUCGGUCAAGAAGCUUUCAUUUUCCAAUUAGUUGACUUAAGUCAAGAAAUUGUGCCACCGAUUCCAAAUAAUAUAAAUUCACAGGAUGACAAUACCUCAACACUGAUUGGUCGUCGUAUACGUGUUCUCUGUUCAUUUCAACCGAAAGACUAUUUUAUAGAUAGUCAUCAGUAUUUUUCUGGUGAUAUGCUGUCAAUUAAUUCUGUUAUCAAUACAAAUAAUAAAUCAAUUGUGAAUAGUAGUAGCAUCAUAGAACCUAUAUACUGGCCAAUCGGUGAUGCUACUGGCUAUUUUGAUAAAGGUGAUUUUCUAACAGUAUUGGAGAAUCCAGAAGAUAACAAACUACAAGUUCGUACGUCUAAUGGAUCGACUUUGACUGUACCUGUGACAUGUUUCUUGCCAUGUUGGCCGUGUAAUGAAGCGAUGGACCGAGCUAAGCGUAUUAUAUCAACUCUACAACACUUUAAAACAUGUUGGUCUGAAUUGAAUCUACGGUUACGUGGACAUUUAUUAACUUUGGCAAUGUCUAAACUUAUUGAAACUCCUACUCAGUACGAUAUUCCUCAACAAAUGGAUAUACGAAAAGUGAUUUAUCGUGAUGCUGAAAGGUAUUGCUUAGAACUCCAACUAGCCAAUGUACCUCCUUCAGAAGUGGAAAACUUUAAGCAACAUUUUGUACUGUUUCAAAAUAACUGUAUUGAACAAUUAAAUAAUGUCCCAACAACUAAUAAUAAUGAUGAUAAUAAGGGAUUACAAAUUCAGUCAUCUGAGCUGUAUACAAUUACUGAUGAAUUGAGAACAGUAUUGAACACACUGACAGAACGUCUGAGAGAAUCCAGUUCUUUACCUUUACCAGGCAGAUCAACCGAUAUAGAGGCGCGCAUUAAGGAUCAUAAGGAAUGGUCUCACGCCUUAGCUCGUGUUUUGGCACAAUGCACUGAAUUGGAACAGCACCUUAAUCAGUCACUGGGGGCAAAUGAACACGAUAAACCUUCUAAUGGAUUAUCAGAUAGCAUACUGAGUACUAGUCUGUUUGCCUUACACAGAGCAGCUAGCGAAUUAGCUUUAACAGGUCAUGAGUUCGGCUGUCGUUUAGCGGAUGCUGAUGCAUGGAUUGCUCGCUUAGAACAGACGGAUCAAAUGUUGAUGGAUUGUGAACUAUGCUUAUUAGGAUGCGCUGUACGUGUACAUGGACUUUUGCAACUAGAUGAUUUGAACACUGAUCCAAACAGUUCUACAGAUCCAGAUGGUCUUCGUGUCGCUGUAGUUGAGAGAGCUCACAGAGAUUUAAAGUCCGUAGCCGAACGUCUCCCACAAAUCCGAUCGGACUUGGAUUCGCUUAGUCAACAGUUAACUCGGUUUAUGGCCUCCAGUGGGACCUACGAAGAUACACUUAGCCGUGACCCUAAUUCCUGUGAAAAGUCAAAUUUAAUAAAGUUGAAUCUGUCACUACCUGCAGAUAAUCACCACUUAGAAGCGAAUCUUGCCCACUCUGAACAUCGUUUAGCAGAGGCAACUAAAGAAGUUGAACAAGAACUUAAAGCAUUCGGUGAGUCGUUAGUACGUUUCUCAAAUUAUCAAAAGCUAUCCAGUCAACUUAUUUUAUGGCUAAGUGAAUUUGCUGGUCGUAUGCGAUCAUUCGGUGAAACGACUCAGUCAUUGGGAUUGAAGUCUUCCAGUACAAAUACUGUUUCUGUACAAUAUCCUAAUUUGUUAAAAGAAGUUCUUAAACAAUCAGAUGAUCUAUUAACUGACUUGCAAGAACACUCUGACGUUAUUGAACAACUGAACAAAGAAGUUGCCCAAUUGAUAUCUUCUUUAACUAACUAUGCUCAGCAAACUCAAAAUUAUCGUGAAUUAGUUGAGAGUACAUUUCAAAAAUCUGGUGGCUCAAGAGAUUAUCAAUGGUCACCAGGCUACGGCUUAUUUGAUAUGGGUAGAAUACUGCAGACAACUGAUCAGUUGAACACUCAAUUUAACACACAUUCUCGUCAAAUAUAUGAUAUCGUGAAUUGUUUGAAUAGACUUUUAAGAUCUGAAGAACCUACACUUCUGAAUAAUUUAUCUGGUCCAAGUUUCGUCAAAUCUUAUCGUGAAUUGUAUACAGGAGUAUGGCCUAAAGAGUUAAAUAAUCGUUUAAAUGAGGCUCAAUCAUCUCCAUUCAUGCCUAUUAUACAAUCGAGGUAUCUGGAGAAUAGAAAACAACAUACUUUAACAGAAGACUCAAAUGAAAACAUUGUUGAGGAAAUAGCGCUCAAGUUGGGUGUCCAUCUUAGCGGCGUUUAUAAUCUACCUAUAUGUAUGCUGCCAACAGGUUGGGAAGCAGCCACGUUGUCUACAAUAUCUAAGGCACAUGAAUUAUAUGGAUCGAAAAUAUUUCAGGCCACUGGUUCAUGGUUUGUGACCCAACUUGCUGGUGAGAAUGAAACACAUGGACUUGGUGAAACUCUUUGUAUUGGAGAUGCACUACGUUGUGGAUUGAUUGAUCUCGUUACAAAAACUUGUCGUCAAAACCGAUGUUCACUUGCUAUAUCAUUGUCUGAGGGUGUAGAACGUGGUUGGCUAACUGCCUACUCUGUUCAAGCUCUCAAUAAGUGCAUAAAAAUUGGAGACUAUGCUGCACCCGUAACUGAUUUCUUGAUUACUUCUGUGCAUAACAUAAACAGUCGGUAUAUUGACCCUAAAACCGGUGUGGUAAUGCCCUAUGGUAAAAAGAUUGUUGAUUUAUAUACAGAUGGAUUCAUAAAUGAUGCAGAUUUUCACCAUUUAGCCGCAAUUCUUUCCAGUGGUAUAUGUGUAGAAUUUCGAGAUUGUCAUGUUGCAUGGUGUGAAGCAUCUAAUGUAAAUGGAGCAAAUGCCUAUUUGAAACCUUGUCUGUCUGACUGGUUAGCUGCUGGUGCCUAUAAUCCAUUCACACGACGUUUACGUGUUAAUCUUCUUAAGUCUGAACAAAGUAUUGGCAAUGGCAAACAUAGUAAGCGGUUGAAUAAUUCUUUUCUGUUUACUGAAAACGAAAUGACAAUCAAAGAUGCAAUCAAAAGUGGCCUUUUGAAUCCUAAUAUUCCAGAAGUUGUUGUUCCCGUUGGAAAUCAGCAAUGCGGUUACUAUAGUGAUUCCUAUAAACGUGUCAGUCUUUCCGAAGCUAUUCAAAUGGGUCUAAUUGAUGAUGUUACUGGUUGCUGGCUUGGAUCAGGUUCGUCUUCUGGUCGUCUGAAAGUUGGGGUAGAAGUGGCUCAGGCCGCAGGUCUUUUAGCCAGAGCUCCUUGUCUAGCAGAACUCGUCUUGUCCGGUUUGAUUUCAUUCAGCACUCCAAAUAUGAGCGAGACACAUCUUAAUAACAAAAUAGGCAUUCUUGAUGCACAUAACAGCCAGUAUGUAUUGUUUCCUGAGGCUAUUAAACGUGGAUUGGUUAUUGGAGACCAACCAGCAAUAAUGCUAAUGCAUUCCAAUCAAACUUUGAGCUUAAUUGAAGCAUUGAACACGAAUAUCAUGACGCCAUCUGGAUUUAUAACUUUAGAAGAUAAGGCUCCGAUGAAUUUAUGGGAUGCAGUCAAUAGUAAUCAUAUUCGACUCAUUUAUACUAAAGCAUAUCCACCUCCAGUUGGUGUACUCGCUAGCUUGGAGUCAGUUCAGAAAUCAAAUCAAAUGUCUCAACAGCAUCCAAUAAUACGAGCUAUUUGUACUGGUUUAAUUGAUUCGUCAAAAGAAGAAAUUGUUUUACCCAAUAUGGAAGCACGUCAACAUAGUCAAAAUUAUUCACAACAACGUAUUGCUUUAAGAAAAUCAGCAAAGCACUCAGCACUAUGUGAUUUACAUUCUAUACAGUUAUUAACUCAAGGUUGUGGAUUAUUCAAUACAGAUGGGCAUGAACUGACUGGAUUGGAUGCACUUAGUGCUGGAUGGUUUAAACCAUGUGAAAAUUCUCAAGAUAAUCCCAACGUAUAUGGACAAAUAACGGAUCCAAUUACCGGUGCUUCCAUGAUGCUAACGUCUAAGGUUAAAACAAUGAAAAAUAUUGAUAUAACACCAUCUGGCGCUCAACUGAUAUUGGGCUUAUCAACCAACCGUCCUUCUUUAGCCUAUUUAGUCAACCAAAGUUUUAUAACGCGCUUAGGUUGGCUUGGUCCAGGUUUACAUGAUGAUAAUUUAUUGCAUAGGACAACAAAUGGUUCAUGGUUUAAGCACAUAUGUCGAUCGGAUGAUAUUGUAGCUGUUAUUGAUCCGAUUAGUAAACGCAAAGUAACCCAAGCUGAAGCAGUUCGUCGUGAUCUAUUGGAUAUGGAGACUGGUGUAUUUCGAGAUCCUGUUCUUAAUCAAAUUUAUCCCAUUAGUGAAGCAAUAGAAAAAGGACAUAUUUUAGUGAAAGAAAAGCCUAUUUUGAAUGGUAACACGUAUACACCUCAGUCAAUUCAUACGGAAGUCAAUGGAUCAAUUGAAAUUGUUUCUGUUAAAGAGACAUGUACAUAUAAAAUUAUAAAUGUUCUCGAUCCUCAUACUAGCACUCGAAUUGAUCCAAAUGAGGCUGUAAAGAAGGGUCUUAUUAAUCUGGAGUCUUUCACUUAUAAUGGUGUUCAACCAAGUAUAUCAAUUGAUUCAGCUCAACAAUUAGGUUAUGUUUCAGUGCAUACUACAGAUUACGAUGUAUCCCGUGAUAAUCUAAUGGUAGAUUAUACAGAGAAAGCACCAUUUACUUUAAUUCAGCUAUUCAACAAUGGUCAAUUAGUGAAACAAUCGGGAUUAAAAUGCGCCAUCAAACUGCCAGAAGAUGCAGAUACUAUAUCUUUAAAGACCGCCAUUACUAUGGGUCUAGUUGAUGCUGACAAUACACUAGUUAAAGAAUCCAAUACAGAAGAAUGGUGUCCUUUGAACAAAGCAAUUUCACGUGGUUUAAUCGAUGAUCAUAAAAGAGUUUUGUUGUAUAAAAACAAACGGAUUCCUUUAACUGAAGCUGUAAAUAGAGGUUUGGUGUCUGAAAAACAGACAUCUUUAACAGAAAUUUUGUCUUUUGAAAAAGCUCUUCAAGAUGGUUUGAUAGAUCCAGUGACAAAUACUUUUCAACAACUGAAUACUUCUAGUGAUACCACUCCAUCGAAUUCAAUCAGUGUUCACGAUGCCAUCAAACAAGGACUACUAAAACCUCCAGUUGUCGAAACUAUACACGAAAAUUCUCCUGGCUUACCUAGCAAAGGAUAUACUCACAGUAUGGAUUCUUUAAUAGCUAUUAAACGUCAAAGCUCAAAAGAUCCAUCUACUGUUGCAUCACGUACUAAUACACUACCUCCGGUUUCAUCAUCUGGUCAUAUGCUAAGUAAUGGAAAUGAUUUUAUUGCUACAGGUGGUCGCACAGAAUCAAGAAUAAUUAAAUUUUUAGACUGUCAUGGUGUUGGAAAACUACGCGGUAAAUCGUCUCACUGCAAUCUACGCCAUAAAUCGAAGGGUAACGAUGAUGGUGAUAAUGGCGAUGAAUACACUAUCCGCAAAAAGCCAAGAAUUAAAAGUUGUGAAAUACCUAAACUAAAGGAGCGCAACUGUGUUCUCUAUGCCUUUUACUAUCUACACGAAGAUGUACGAGUUGAAGCAGCCAUUACAGAUACAAUGGUUCGUGAAGGACGUGUAGAUGUAUACAAAAAGAUUAUUUGUGAUCCAACAAGUGGAAAGUUUUUUCCUAUCCCCGAAGCUCUAACUAAAGGUUUCGUUUUUGGUAUUGUUUUCACUCAAGCUGAACAACUUUCAGAAAAUGGCCAACAAGAUUCUAAUCUAUUAUACUGGCUAGAAGUUUUCCACUAUCGUCAUGACAUAUAUCGUCUAGAAAGAGUAUUUGAUCCUUAUUUAAACAGUCUUGUUUCGAUAUCAGAUGCUAUAGAUACCGGGAUUAUUGAUCCUAUCCAUUGUACAUAUACUCAUCCAGUGAAUGGAAAUUUAUAUUCAAUUGAAGAAGCUCUCUAUCAAGGUUGGAUACAGGCAUUACCUGUUGGUAAUCCACCACCGUUUGAUUUAAUUGGCAGUUCAUUUGAUCAUGUUCAUGUACGUACAAUUGAAGAGACUACAACUUUUACAACAUGUGUACAUACAGUUCGUCGUGCUGGUAACAAUAUUCAAAACAAUGCUAUCAAUAAAGAAACUUGUUCAGUUGAUCCCAAGUCUACACUUUCCUUACUUCAAACAACACUAAAUUUAAAGCGUCAAAUACCAUGUAAAACACCACCAAGUUGUCGACCGAAUCAUCGUACACCGAAAGAAGCGUCUAUGCGAUUUCAUAUUAAACCAGAUGACCAGUCUAAACCAGAUGAAAGUGAUCAUGUGUAUCAACAAGGCAAGUCGAUCAAUACGACAGACACAAUACCCAGCGAACAAGUUAUUCUUCGUAAAGAAGUGUUCGAUAAAUCUAGUCAGAAUUUACAUUUUGAUAAUUCACCUGGAGCUUUAUUGAAAAAGCAUACACACUUUAUGCAGCCCAUAAAUUUAGUUGAUAAUACCACACUCCCAGCUAUUACUUUAUCUCUCGUUAGGUAUCAACAACCUGAUCCUACUCCAACAAUCACACCAAAAUUACAAUCUCAAAAUAUUCCACGUUAUAUACUUCUUGAAACAGCCAUUCAAAGGGGAUGGGUGGAUGUUCAGGAUGGUUUACUUAGAACUCACUGUGGUCGAACUAGUACCAUUAAUUUGAUGGAAGCUGUAGAAAGAGCUUUAAUUGAUCCCUCACAGUUAUUAGUCUGUGUACAGCACCAUACUGAGGAGAGUUUAGGUGAAUAUCCUUUAUACGGAGACCAACAAAUUCCAGUUUACUACAGUUUAGCGACAUUAUUAGAUGCCACAACAUCAAUAAUCCAGAAAGUUUCUGCCGAGUUAGUAUGCACUCACUGGCGUUCCAACCUCUUAAAUCUUAUCCUAAAAACAGCGAAAUAUGGAACACUGAACCGUGGAAGAAGGAAUGUGAAAAUCAAGACGAAUGUAAGCGAAACUGAUCAGGAAAUAAUAUACAAAACAGUGCUGAAGCAAGCACAAAUAUGCAAAAACAAAGAAACAGACACAACAGAUAUAGCAUCCUCGAUAAACCAAAAUGAAAACACCCAGGAAAAAAAAAGAAACACUACCCAUCUAGAAAAAAAUACUAUCCAAGAAAACAACAAAAAAUUCCAACGGGAAAAUGAAAACGAAAAAUUAUUAACCACCAGAAGCAACAUACAAAAAACUGAAAAAAAACCAGGGAUUCAAGUGGCUUCUACGCGUGACUCGGAGUUGUUGUCUGAGAUUCCUGAGAGACGAGGUGGAGACAGUGGUUGGGACUCUGACAUGCUGUCAUCUGAUGGUGUGAGGUCUGGAGAAGUGUCUGUUAUGCAUGACCGACGUGGACUUGAUUUGUGUGAAGCGAUUGAAUCCGGUCUUGUUGACACGAAGUCCGGCCUAGUUCGUGAUCCAUCGAGUGGUGAGGUGUUGACGUUGGCACAGGCUGUGGACAGUGGACUUAUAUCGGGUGAGCGAUCGUUGAUUCGUGAUCCGAGUUCUGGACGUCUUGAGAGUCUUGGUAAGAUGAUGUUGACUGGUUUGUUGGCGCCUGUGGGUUUGAUUGGCCUUGCUGUGGAGUCGAUGUCGUCGAGAUCAGGAGGUGUAGUGUGUCCGUCUACAGAGGCGUUUGAGCCUGUCUCUGAGGUUGGUGUGAGGAGGUUGUCUGGUGUAGAGUCAGUGGGUGAAUUGGACGGUGCAGUGGCUGUGGGUGUUAUUGAUGAUGGUGCUGUAGUGAGUGAAUUGACUUCAGGUCAGCGAGAAUCGACAGAUCGUCCAUCAGAUCUGAUGAUGACAGACACCAGAGUUGGUGAACGUGGUGAUUUGAGCUUCCUGUAUGACGCGUCACGUGUUGUUGUAGAGGAUGGCGAAGUAGCUGGUGUAGCAGCAUCUUCGGAGAGAUUGAGGGAGUAUGGUGUGUCGGAUGUGCCUGGUGUAUCCGGUGUUGGCGUAGUCGACGGUGGUGUGGAUAGAUCAGUGAUGAUGAGGAGUGAGAGUGUUCUACCGGCGGGUGUAGAUGGUGGUGUGAUUGGAGUGGAUUCUACGCGUGACUCGGAGUUGUUGUCUGAGAUUCCUGAGAGACGAGGUGGAGACAGUGGUUGGGACUCUGACAUGCUGUCAUCUGAUGGUGUGAGGUCUGGAGAAGUGUCUGUUAUGCAUGACCGACGUGGACUUGAUUUGUGUGAAGCGAUUGAAUCCGGUCUUGUUGACACGAAGUCCGGCCUAGUUCGUGAUCCAUCGAGUGGUGAGGUGUUGACGUUGGCACAGGCUGUGGACAGUGGACUUAUAUCGGGUGAGCGAUCGUUGAUUCGUGAUCCGAGUUCUGGACGUCUUGAGAGUCUUGGUAAGAUGAUGUUGACUGGUUUGUUGGCGCCUGUGGGUUUGAUUGGCCUUGCUGUGGAGUCGAUGUCGUCGAGAUCAGGAGGUGUAGUGUGUCCGUCUACAGAGGCGUUUGAGCCUGUCUCUGAGGUUGGUGUGAGGAGGUUGUCUGGUGUAGAGUCAGUGGGUGAAUUGGACGGUGCAGUGGCUGUGGGUGUUAUUGAUGAUGGUGCUGUAGUGAGUGAAUUGACUUCAGGUCAGCGAGAAUCGGCAGAUCGUCCAUCAGAUCUGAUGAUGACAGACACCAGAGUUGGUGAACGUGGUGAUUUGAGCUUCCUGUAUGACGCGUCACGUGUUGUUGUAGAGGAUGGCGAAGUAGCUGGUGUAGCAGCAUCUUCGGAGAGAUUGAGGGAGUAUGUCGACGGUGGUGUGGAUAGAUCAGUGAUGAUGAGGAGUGAGAGUGUUCUACCGGCGGGUGUAGAUGGUGGUGUGAUUGGAGUGGAUUCUACGCGUGACUCGGAGUUGUUGUCUGAGAUUCCUGAGAGACGAGGUGGAGACAGUGGUUGGGACUCUGACAUGCUGUCAUCUGAUGGUGUGAGGUCUGGAGAAGUGUCUGUUAUGCAUGACCGACGUGGACUUGAUUUGUGUGAAGCGAUUGAAUCCGGUCUUGUUGACACGAAGUCCGGCCUAGUUCGUGAUCCAUCGAGUGGUGAGGUGUUGACGUUGGCACAGGCUGUGGACAGUGGACUUAUAUCGGGUGAGCGAUCGUUGAUUCGUGAUCCGAGUUCUGGACGUCUUGAGAGUCUUGGUAAGAUGAUGUUGACUGGUUUGUUGGCGCCUGUGGGUUUGAUUGGCCUUGCUGUGGAGUCGAUGUCGUCGAGAUCAGGAGGUGUAGUGUGUCCGUCUACAGAGGCGUUUGAGCCUGUCUCUGAGGUUGGUGUGAGGAGGUUGUCUGGUGUAGAGUCAGUGGGUGAAUUGGACGGUGCAGUGGCUGUGGGUGUUAUUGAUGAUGGUGCUGUAGUGAGUGAAUUGACUUCAGGUCAGCGAGAAUCGGCAGAUCGUCCAUCAGAUCUGAUGAUGACAGACACCAGAGUUGGUGAACGUGGUGAUUUGAGCUUCCUGUAUGACGCGUCACGUGUUGUUGUAGAGGAUGGCGAAGUAGCUGGUGUAGCAGCAUCUUCGGAGAGAUUGAGGGAGUAUGGUGUGUCGGAUGUGCCUGGUGUAUCCGGUGUUGGCGUAGUCGACGGUGGUGUGGAUAGAUCAGUGAUGAUGAGGAGUGAGAGUGUUCUACCGGCGGGUGUAGAUGGUGGUGUGAUUGGAGUGGAUUCUACGCGUGACUCGGAGUUGUUGUCUGAGAUUCCUGAGAGACGAGGUGGAGACAGUGGUUGGGACUCUGACAUGCUGUCAUCUGAUGGUGUGAGGUCUGGAGAAGUGUCUGUUAUGCAUGACCGACGUGGACUUGAUUUGUGUGAAGCGAUUGAAUCCGGUCUUGUUGACACGAAGUCCGGCCUAGUUCGUGAUCCAUCGAGUGGUGAGGUGUUGACGUUGGCACAGGCUGUGGACAGUGGACUUAUAUCGGGUGAGCGAUCGUUGAUUCGUGAUCCGAGUUCUGGACGUCUUGAGAGUCUUGGUAAGAUGAUGUUGACUGGUUUGUUGGCGCCUGUGGGUUUGAUUGGCCUUGCUGUGGAGUCGAUGUCGUCGAGAUCAGGAGGUGUAGUGUGUCCGUCUACAGAGGCGUUUGAGCCUGUCUCUGAGGUUGGUGUGAGGAGGUUGUCUGGUGUAGAGUCAGUGGGUGAAUUGGACGGUGCAGUGGCUGUGGGUGUUAUUGAUGAUGGUGCUGUAGUGAGUGAAUUGACUUCAGGUCAGCGAGAAUCGGCAGAUCGUCCAUCAGAUCUGAUGAUGACAGACACCAGAGUUGGUGAACGUGGUGAUUUGAGCUUCCUGUAUGACGCGUCACGUGUUGUUGUAGAGGAUGGCGAAGUAGCUGGUGUAGCAGCAUCUUCGGAGAGAUUGAGGGAGUAUGGUGUGUCGGAUGUGCCUGGUGUAUCCGGUGUUGGCGUAGUCGACGGUGGUGUGGAUAGAUCAGUGAUGAUGAGGAGUGAGAGUGUUCUACCGGCGGGUGUAGAUGGUGGUGUGAUUGGAGUGGAUUCUACGCGUGACUCGGAGUUGUUGUCUGAGAUUCCUGAGAGACGAGGUGGAGACAGUGGUUGGGACUCUGACAUGCUGUCAUCUGAUGGUGUGAGGUCUGGAGAAGUGUCUGUUAUGCAUGACCGACGUGGACUUGAUUUGUGUGAAGCGAUUGAAUCCGGUCUUGUUGACACGAAGUCCGGCCUAGUUCGUGAUCCAUCGAGUGGUGAGGUGUUGACGUUGGCACAGGCUGUGGACAGUGGACUUAUAUCGGGUGAGCGAUCGUUGAUUCGUGAUCCGAGUUCUGGACGUCUUGAGAGUCUUGGUAAGAUGAUGUUGACUGGUUUGUUGGCGCCUGUGGGUUUGAUUGGCCUUGCUGUGGAGUCGAUGUCGUCGAGAUCAGGAGGUGUAGUGUGUCCGUCUACAGAGGCGUUUGAGCCUGUCUCUGAGGUUGGUGUGAGGAGGUUGUCUGGUGUAGAGUCAGUGGGUGAAUUGGACGGUGCAGUGGCUGUGGGUGUUAUUGAUGAUGGUGCUGUAGUGAGUGAAUUGACUUCAGGUCAGCGAGAAUCGGCAGAUCGUCCAUCAGAUCUGAUGAUGACAGACACCAGAGUUGGUGAACGUGGUGAUUUGAGCUUCCUGUAUGACGCGUCACGUGUUGUUGUAGAGGAUGGCGAAGUAGCUGGUGUAGCAGCAUCUUCGGAGAGAUUGAGGGAGUAUGGUGUGUCGGAUGUGCCUGGUGUAUCCGGUGUUGGCGUAGUCGACGGUGGUGUGGAUAGAUCAGUGAUGAUGAGGAGUGAGAGUGUUCUACCGGCGGGUGUAGAUGGUGGUGUGAUUGGAGUGGAUUCUACGCGUGACUCGGAGUUGUUGUCUGAGAUUCCUGAGAGACGAGGUGGAGACAGUGGUUGGGACUCUGACAUGCUGUCAUCUGAUGGUGUGAGGUCUGGAGAAGUGUCUGUUAUGCAUGACCGACGUGGACUUGAUUUGUGUGAAGCGAUUGAAUCCGGUCUUGUUGACACGAAGUCCGGCCUAGUUCGUGAUCCAUCGAGUGGUGAGGUGUUGACGUUGGCACAGGCUGUGGACAGUGGACUUAUAUCGGGUGAGCGAUCGUUGAUUCGUGAUCCGAGUUCUGGACGUCUUGAGAGUCUUGGUAAGAUGAUGUUGACUGGUUUGUUGGCGCCUGUGGGUUUGAUUGGCCUUGCUGUGGAGUCGAUGUCGUCGAGAUCAGGAGGUGUAGUGUGUCCGUCUACAGAGGCGUUUGAGCCUGUCUCUGAGGUUGGUGUGAGGAGGUUGUCUGGUGUAGAGUCAGUGGGUGAAUUGGACGGUGCAGUGGCUGUGGGUGUUAUUGAUGAUGGUGCUGUAGUGAGUGAAUUGACUUCAGGUCAGCGAGAAUCGACAGAUCGUCCAUCAGAUCUGAUGAUGACAGACACCAGAGUUGGUGAACGUGGUGAUUUGAGCUUCCUGUAUGACGCGUCACGUGUUGUUGUAGAGGAUGGCGAAGUAGCUGGUGUAGCAGCAUCUUCGGAGAGAUUGAGGGAGUAUGGUGUGUCGGAUGUGCCUGGUGUAUCCGGUGUUGGCGUAGUCGACGGUGGUGUGGAUAGAUCAGUGAUGAUGAGGAGUGAGAGUGUUCUACCGGCGGGUGUAGAUGGUGGUGUGAUUGGAGUGGAUUCUACGCGUGACUCGGAGUUGUUGUCUGAGAUUCCUGAGAGACGAGGUGGAGACAGUGGUUGGGACUCUGACAUGCUGUCAUCUGAUGGUGUGAGGUCUGGAGAAGUGUCUGUUAUGCAUGACCGACGUGGACUUGAUUUGUGUGAAGCGAUUGAAUCCGGUCUUGUUGACACGAAGUCCGGCCUAGUUCGUGAUCCAUCGAGUGGUGAGGUGUUGACGUUGGCACAGGCUGUGGACAGUGGACUUAUAUCGGGUGAGCGAUCGUUGAUUCGUGAUCCGAGUUCUGGACGUCUUGAGAGUCUUGGUAAGAUGAUGUUGACUGGUUUGUUGGCGCCUGUGGGUUUGAUUGGCCUUGCUGUGGAGUCGAUGUCGUCGAGAUCAGGAGGUGUAGUGUGUCCGUCUACAGAGGCGUUUGAGCCUGUCUCUGAGGUUGGUGUGAGGAGGUUGUCUGGUGUAGAGUCAGUGGGUGAAUUGGACGGUGCAGUGGCUGUGGGUGUUAUUGAUGAUGGUGCUGUAGUGAGUGAAUUGACUUCAGGUCAGCGAGAAUCGACAGAUCGUCCAUCAGAUCUGAUGAUGACAGACACCAGAGUUGGUGAACGUGGUGAUUUGAGCUUCCUGUAUGACGCGUCACGUGUUGUUGUAGAGGAUGGCGAAGUAGCUGGUGUAGCAGCAUCUUCGGAGAGAUUGAGGGAGUAUGGUGUGUCGGAUGUGCCUGGUGUAUCCGGUGUUGGCGUAGUCGACGGUGGUGUGGAUAGAUCAGUGAUGAUGAGGAGUGAGAGUGUUCUACCGGCGGGUGUAGAUGGUGGUGUGAUUGGAGUGGAUUCUACGCGUGACUCGGAGUUGUUGUCUGAGAUUCCUGAGAGACGAGGUGGAGACAGUGGUUGGGACUCUGACAUGCUGUCAUCUGAUGGUGUGAGGUCUGGAGAAGUGUCUGUUAUGCAUGACCGACGUGGACUUGAUUUGUGUGAAGCGAUUGAAUCCGGUCUUGUUGACACGAAGUCCGGCCUAGUUCGUGAUCCAUCGAGUGGUGAGGUGUUGACGUUGGCACAGGCUGUGGACAGUGGACUUAUAUCGGGUGAGCGAUCGUUGAUUCGUGAUCCGAGUUCUGGACGUCUUGAGAGUCUUGGUAAGAUGAUGUUGACUGGUUUGUUGGCGCCUGUGGGUUUGAUUGGCCUUGCUGUGGAGUCGAUGUCGUCGAGAUCAGGAGGUGUAGUGUGUCCGUCUACAGAGGCGUUUGAGCCUGUCUCUGAGGUUGGUGUGAGGAGGUUGUCUGGUGUAGAGUCAGUGGGUGAAUUGGACGGUGCAGUGGCUGUGGGUGUUAUUGAUGAUGGUGCUGUAGUGAGUGAAUUGACUUCAGGUCAGCGAGAAUCGACAGAUCGUCCAUCAGAUCUGAUGAUGACAGACACCAGAGUUGGUGAACGUGGUGAUUUGAGCUUCCUGUAUGACGCGUCACGUGUUGUUGUAGAGGAUGGCGAAGUAGCUGGUGUAGCAGCAUCUUCGGAGAGAUUGAGGGAGUAUGGUGUGUCGGAUGUGCCUGGUGUAUCCGGUGUUGGCGUAGUCGACGGUGGUGUGGAUAGAUCAGUGAUGAUGAGGAGUGAGAGUGUUCUACCGGCGGGUGUAGAUGGUGGUGUGAUUGGAGUGGAUUCUACGCGUGACUCGGAGUUGUUGUCUGAGAUUCCUGAGAGACGAGGUGGAGACAGUGGUUGGGACUCUGACAUGCUGUCAUCUGAUGGUGUGAGGUCUGGAGAAGUGUCUGUUAUGCAUGACCGACGUGGACUUGAUUUGUGUGAAGCGAUUGAAUCCGGUCUUGUUGACACGAAGUCCGGCCUAGUUCGUGAUCCAUCGAGUGGUGAGGUGUUGACGUUGGCACAGGCUGUGGACAGUGGACUUAUAUCGGGUGAGCGAUCGUUGAUUCGUGAUCCGAGUUCUGGACGUCUUGAGAGUCUUGGUAAGAUGAUGUUGACUGGUUUGUUGGCGCCUGUGGGUUUGAUUGGCCUUGCUGUGGAGUCGAUGUCGUCGAGAUCAGGAGGUGUAGUGUGUCCGUCUACAGAGGCGUUUGAGCCUGUCUCUGAGGUUGGUGUGAGGAGGUUGUCUGGUGUAGAGUCAGUGGGUGAAUUGGACGGUGCAGUGGCUGUGGGUGUUAUUGAUGAUGGUGCUGUAGUGAGUGAAUUGACUUCAGGUCAGCGAGAAUCGACAGAUCGUCCAUCAGAUCUGAUGAUGACAGACACCAGAGUUGGUGAACGUGGUGAUUUGAGCUUCCUGUAUGACGCGUCACGUGUUGUUGUAGAGGAUGGCGAAGUAGCUGGUGUAGCAGCAUCUUCGGAGAGAUUGAGGGAGUAUGGUGUGUCGGAUGUGCCUGGUGUAUCCGGUGUUGGCGUAGUCGACGGUGGUGUGGAUAGAUCAGUGAUGAUGAGGAGUGAGAGUGUUCUACCGGCGGGUGUAGAUGGUGGUGUGAUUGGAGUGGAUUCUACGCGUGACUCGGAGUUGUUGUCUGAGAUUCCUGAGAGACGAGGUGGAGACAGUGGUUGGGACUCUGACAUGCUGUCAUCUGAUGGUGUGAGGUCUGGAGAAGUGUCUGUUAUGCAUGACCGACGUGGACUUGAUUUGUGUGAAGCGAUUGAAUCCGGUCUUGUUGACACGAAGUCCGGCCUAGUUCGUGAUCCAUCGAGUGGUGAGGUGUUGACGUUGGCACAGGCUGUGGACAGUGGACUUAUAUCGGGUGAGCGAUCGUUGAUUCGUGAUCCGAGUUCUGGACGUCUUGAGAGUCUUGGUAAGAUGAUGUUGACUGGUUUGUUGGCGCCUGUGGGUUUGAUUGGCCUUGCUGUGGAGUCGAUGUCGUCGAGAUCAGGAGGUGUAGUGUGUCCGUCUACAGAGGCGUUUGAGCCUGUCUCUGAGGUUGGUGUGAGGAGGUUGUCUGGUGUAGAGUCAGUGGGUGAAUUGGACGGUGCAGUGGCUGUGGGUGUUAUUGAUGAUGGUGCUGUAGUGAGUGAAUUGACUUCAGGUCAGCGAGAAUCGACAGAUCGUCCAUCAGAUCUGAUGAUGACAGACACCAGAGUUGGUGAACGUGGUGAUUUGAGCUUCCUGUAUGACGCGUCACGUGUUGUUGUAGAGGAUGGCGAAGUAGCUGGUGUAGCAGCAUCUUCGGAGAGAUUGAGGGAGUAUGGUGUGUCGGAUGUGCCUGGUGUAUCCGGUGUUGGCGUAGUCGACGGUGGUGUGGAUAGAUCAGUGAUGAUGAGGAGUGAGAGUGUUCUACCGGCGGGUGUAGAUGGUGGUGUGAUUGGAGUGGAUUCUACGCGUGACUCGGAGUUGUUGUCUGAGAUUCCUGAGAGACGAGGUGGAGACAGUGGUUGGGACUCUGACAUGCUGUCAUCCGAUGGUGUGAGGUCUGGAGAAGUGUCUGUUAUGCAUGACCGACGUGGACUUGAUUUGUGUGAAGCGAUUGAAUCCGGUCUUGUUGACACGAAGUCCGGCCUAGUUCGUGAUCCAUCGAGUGGUGAGGUGUUGACGUUGGCACAGGCUGUGGACAGUGGACUUAUAUCGGGUGAGCGAUCGUUGAUUCGUGAUCCGAGUUCUGGACGUCUUGAGAGUCUUGGUAAGAUGAUGUUGACUGGUUUGUUGGCGCCUGUGGGUUUGAUUGGCCUUGCUGUGGAGUCGAUGUCGUCGAGAUCAGGAGGUGUAGUGUGUCCGUCUACAGAGGCGUUUGAGCCUGUCUCUGAGGUUGGUGUGAGGAGGUUGUCUGGUGUAGAGUCAGUGGGUGAAUUGGACGGUGCAGUGGCUGUGGGUGUUAUUGAUGAUGGUGCUGUAGUGAGUGAAUUGACUUCAGGUCAGCGAGAAUCGACAGAUCGUCCAUCAGAUCUGAUGAUGACAGACACCAGAGUUGGUGAACGUGGUGAUUUGAGCUUCCUGUAUGACGCGUCACGUGUUGUUGUAGAGGAUGGCGAAGUAGCUGGUGUAGCAGCAUCUUCGGAGAGAUUGAGGGAGUAUGGUGUGUCGGAUGUGCCUGGUGUAUCCGGUGUUGGCGUAGUCGACGGUGGUGUGGAUAGAUCAGUGAUGAUGAGGAGUGAGAGUGUUCUACCGGCGGGUGUAGAUGGUGGUGUGAUUGGAGUGGAUUCUACGCGUGACUCGGAGUUGUUGUCUGAGAUUCCUGAGAGACGAGGUGGAGACAGUGGUUGGGACUCUGACAUGCUGUCAUCUGAUGGUGUGAGGUCUGGAGAAGUGUCUGUUAUGCAUGACCGACGUGGACUUGAUUUGUGUGAAGCGAUUGAAUCCGGUCUUGUUGACACGAAGUCCGGCCUAGUUCGUGAUCCAUCGAGUGGUGAGGUGUUGACGUUGGCACAGGCUGUGGACAGUGGACUUAUAUCGGGUGAGCGAUCGUUGAUUCGUGAUCCGAGUUCUGGACGUCUUGAGAGUCUUGGUAAGAUGAUGUUGACUGGUUUGUUGGCGCCUGUGGGUUUGAUUGGCCUUGCUGUGGAGUCGAUGUCGUCGAGAUCAGGAGGUGUAGUGUGUCCGUCUACAGAGGCGUUUGAGCCUGUCUCUGAGGUUGGUGUGAGGAGGUUGUCUGGUGUAGAGUCAGUGGGUGAAUUGGACGGUGCAGUGGCUGUGGGUGUUAUUGAUGAUGGUGCUGUAGUGAGUGAAUUGACUUCAGGUCAGCGAGAAUCGACAGAUCGUCCAUCAGAUCUGAUGAUGACAGACACCAGAGUUGGUGAACGUGGUGAUUUGAGCUUCCUGUAUGACGCGUCACGUGUUGUUGUAGAGGAUGGCGAAGUAGCUGGUGUAGCAGCAUCUUCGGAGAGAUUGAGGGAGUAUGGUGUGUCGGAUGUGCCUGGUGUAUCCGGUGUUGGCGUAGUCGACGGUGGUGUGGAUAGAUCAGUGAUGAUGAGGAGUGAGAGUGUUCUACCGGCGGGUGUAGAUGGUGGUGUGAUUGGAGUGGAUUCUACGCGUGACUCGGAGUUGUUGUCUGAGAUUCCUGAGAGACGAGGUGGAGACAGUGGUUGGGACUCUGACAUGCUGUCAUCUGAUGGUGUGAGGUCUGGAGAAGUGUCUGUUAUGCAUGACCGACGUGGACUUGAUUUGUGUGAAGCGAUUGAAUCCGGUCUUGUUGACACGAAGUCCGGCCUAGUUCGUGAUCCAUCGAGUGGUGAGGUGUUGACGUUGGCACAGGCUGUGGACAGUGGACUUAUAUCGGGUGAGCGAUCGUUGAUUCGUGAUCCGAGUUCUGGACGUCUUGAGAGUCUUGGUAAGAUGAUGUUGACUGGUUUGUUGGCGCCUGUGGGUUUGAUUGGCCUUGCUGUGGAGUCGAUGUCGUCGAGAUCAGGAGGUGUAGUGUGUCCGUCUACAGAGGCGUUUGAGCCUGUCUCUGAGGUUGGUGUGAGGAGGUUGUCUGGUGUAGAGUCAGUGGGUGAAUUGGACGGUGCAGUGGCUGUGGGUGUUAUUGAUGAUGGUGCUGUAGUGAGUGAAUUGACUUCAGGUCAGCGAGAAUCGACAGAUCGUCCAUCAGAUCUGAUGAUGACAGACACCAGAGUUGGUGAACGUGGUGAUUUGAGCUUCCUGUAUGACGCGUCACGUGUUGUUGUAGAGGAUGGCGAAGUAGCUGGUGUAGCAGCAUCUUCGGAGAGAUUGAGGGAGUAUGGUGUGUCGGAUGUGCCUGGUGUAUCCGGUGUUGGCGUAGUCGACGGUGGUGUGGAUAGAUCAGUGAUGAUGAGGAGUGAGAGUGUUCUACCGGCGGGUGUAGAUGGUGGUGUGAUUGGAGUGGAUUCUACGCGUGACUCGGAGUUGUUGUCUGAGAUUCCUGAGAGACGAGGUGGAGACAGUGGUUGGGACUCUGACAUACAGUCAUCUCUGUGUGAUAUAUCUGGUGAUUUUUCGGUUUUCCUUUCUGAUUAUACUUCUCUUCCUGUUGAGGUUCGUGCUCCCCUUUCUGUUGGCGUCAUUAUUUCUUCUUCUGAACGCUUGUGUUCAUGCGUUCCUUUGGUUGCUUCAUCGGGCACCUCUUCGGACACUUCUGUUUUUGCAGCUUCGCCGCCAACGGGAUCAGAGACAACUAAACGACUUAUUUCUCAACUACUUGCUGCACUUGACAAAGAAGCUGUGUGGAUAACAGAUUUCGAAUCGCAAAUUCUAAAAAUGGGACAUUUAAGCCUGGAUGAUAAUCUGAAUCGUCAUCUUCUGGAUGAUCACCAAGAGAUCUUAGAUAAAAUUCGUAUUCGUCAGUCUACAAGUAGAUCUAUACUAUUUCAAGCUGAACAAGCUGUUGAAGCACUACGUAAUGGAAAUCAAUCUGAAUUUAUUUGGAAACCAUUACAGUCUAAAUGUCAGGAGUUAAGAACAAGAUUAGAAGAUCUGCAAACUGAAGCAGAAAGUCGUGUACGUAUUCUACUCAAUAGUUUAGAUUCAUUAGAACACCUUACUUAUAAACUUCAAAGUCUUCGAAGUCUGUUAGAAAAUUUAGAGUCUGUACUAGUUCUCAGUGCAUCCAAUACAACAAUGAAAGGUGAAGAGAAUCAACUUGCAAACAAGCUGAAAGCUCUUAAUCAUCCAGACGAAAUAACGCCACUUAUUUUACGCUUAAAAGCUGCACUAACUGAAUCGAAUUCAGCUCACAAUAAUAUUAUCAGCACAUUACCUAGUGUAGUGCAGAAAUUUAUGGCAACUGUUUAUCGCUAUUCUGACAGUAAGAAAGCAUAUAACAACAAAUUGAAUCAUUUUACUGGCUUGAAGGGUAAACAGUAUGAAGAAGAAAUGGAAAGAAAUGAUAGGGAGUUAGAAGAUCGGAUACAGAAUACAGUUAAAGAAGCCAACAAUCGUCUUGUACAAUUACUCAGUCGUUUAGAGACACAAUCAACACACCUUAAUGAAGUUGAUGCAAUCAACAAUCACUAUCAAAAGCAAUUAUCUGAAUCAACGAGUCAAUUAGAUAAAAUUAAAUUACAAUUGAGUAAUAUUCAGAAAAGUGUUCUGCGACCUGAAGAAUUAAACACUUUAUCUUCUAAUAAGAUUAAACAAAUUAGUCAAGAACAACUGAAUAAAUUAUAUACACUACAAGGGGAUUUAAGUAAAAUUGAAAAUGAUUUAAAGACUUUGGAAAGUGUAGAUUUGCAUUCACUUAAAGAUAAGUUAACAGAAGCUAAUCUAAUCUCAAAUAAUUUAAUCAGUGUAAUUACUGAACCAUUAUCAAACUCACUGAUUUAUCAAAAACAAUUAAGUGAUCAAUGUGAACAGUUAGAAAAACAAUUUAUGAAGUAUAUUUUGACAAAUCAAACUGUUCAGGAAUGUUUGAAUGAAUUCAUGAAUCACACUGAUCGAAUUGGAGAUGACUUAUCACGUGACAGUGUCGGCGACAAGAGUAUAAUAAAGACGGAUGGACUUCCUUCAGAUUUAACUAAAUUACAUGAAACUUUAGCACACAUCAACACUAUGCAAUCUGCUUCACAGUCAAUAAGAGAUCGUUUAAAUCAAACAGUUGAAGAAGUCAAGUUAACUGAUCCUAGCAAACUUCGAGCAGUUCAAUCUGAAUUAAAACAAACUGACGUUUUGGAUAAUCGGCUUGAAACACUGAAGGAUGAUGUGAUUUCCCGUAUUUCACAAUUAAGUUCACUGAGGAAUGAGUUUGCUCAAUAUGAGAAUGAUAUAAAUGAAUUCCAUACAUGGCUAGAUCAAAUUGGUAAUCAGUUGAAUAGUCAAGCAACGGCUCACUUACCAGAAAAUUAUUUAAAACAUAAACUACAAAUGAUAAAAAUGCAAAUACCGAAUCGUCAGCUCCAUCUAGACAGCUUGCAGCAAUCAGUUGAAGCACUAGUAACUAGACUACCUGAAAGCGAUGGUGACGUAAAGUUGAUCAAAGAAAAUAUGUGCAACUUAAAUAAGCGUUGGUCACAGUUACUUGGUCUGCUAGACACACGUGAAGAUGAUUUGAAGGCGAGAGAAUCACUCAGUGACUCCUACAUACAAGCACGUAACCAAGUUCAAGAAAUGUUAUUAACUGCAGAUGGACGUUUAACCACAUUAUCAUCACCGAUUACAUUGAAUAUGAACACACUUAAUCAACAGCUUGAACGACUGAAUUCAGUACAUUCAUUUUGGGAGACAAUAAAAACACACUUAACGGAAGCGGAUCAAUUAGGAUCUGCUUAUGACACUUUAUUGCACACAUCAAGUGGAGUGGAGAAACAUUUUGGACGUGGUGCAACUUCACAUGAUCCUUAUGUACCUCCAGAAAUUAAUGAAGUCAAUCGUGAGUUAGAUGAGCUACAUGAACGUUAUGAUCAAUUGGGAAAUUGUUUAAAUGAACGGAGGAAUGAAUUUAAAUCCAUUAUAAACAGUUUGAAUAAUUUCGAAGAGAAACGUUCAGAAUUAUUAAACUGGCUCAAUGAUCAUGUAAAAACAGUGAACAGUGUGAAUAAAGACCUGUCUUCUUUACAAUCUGUAGAUCGAGCUAUAAAUGAUUUGAAAAAGUACCGCGCUCAAUUCAAUGAACAACUGCCUAAACUCGACAGUGUACGCCAGAGUUUUUCACAUGUUUUGCAUAAUCGUGACCAUCUACCAGGUGCUGUAGAAUUAAGAAAUUCAAUGCAUUCACUUGAACAACAAUGGAAUGAAGCCGCUAAACAAAAUGACAAAUUACAACAAGAAUUGAAUAAAGUGAAACAGGAUUUAGAUGAAUUUGACAAAUUAAAUACUGAUUUAACACAGAAACUACGAAAAAAGGUUAAUCAAGUCCACGGUGUACAUGAAAAGUGUUUAACAGAUUCUACAAUGGGGAGUGAAAGUCACUUGGAAAAAAUACAAGAAUGUCGACAAGAAUUGGAUGCUAUUGUCCCGGAAUUAAAUAAAUUUAAUCGUUUAGUACAAAGUUUAGAAAAUUCCCUGCCUGAAUCUUUAAUAAAUCAGCUAGGCAUAAACAAUACAAAUGAACGUGUUCGUAGCGAAUUCAAUCAAGUAGUUGGAGAGUUGUCAAAAUGGGAAAAUGAAGCUAAGACAACAAUUGAUCCCAGCAAUCAGUAUGCACAAUUGGUUCAAAAAUUAGCCUCACAAAUGGAAAUCAUCAAGAGAGAUGUUGAAGACCUUGAAAUAGAACCUGACAAGAAAACAGUUGAUAUGAAUGAGACAAAUAAGAAGAUAGAAGAAAUGAAACCAGUUUUGGAACAAGCUCAGCAGUUGUGCAAAGAGUUGUGUGAACAUUCUGCGAAUCCAAGUGACCAGUACAAUAUGAAGACUAAGCUUUUGGAUCUUCAAAAUACAUAUGAGCACCUAGUUUAUGAGUGUCAUAAACGUGAAGGUGAACAGAUACACGGUCCUACAACACCACCAGCAACAUCUGAAAGUGAUCGAUCAAAUCAGCUAGAAAAUUUGAAUCAGUGGUUGUCACUUAAAAAUACACAACUACAAGAUAUAUCUCAUGAUGUACUAGAUUCUGGAGGAUCGCGCAUACAAAUACCGGAAAGAAAACAGAUUGAAUCUGAAUUACAAAACCUAGAAUCAAUGUCAGAAGAAUUAAAGAUAAAACAAAGGGAACUGAAGGAUUUACAAGAUAGUGUUCAAUUGGACGAGUCGCUUACACCAACUCAUAUUAAAUCUAUAGAUUCAUGCAUGAAUCAAAUGAAUUUACUACAAAAGGCUUUAACUGAACAACAGAAACAACUAAAGUCAAGAAUAAGUGAAGCCUUUCUGUUAUCUGAACAGUUAGAGCAAUUAGAAACAUGGAUAAACACUGAAGCGAUUCAAAUUCUAAACGAACCCUUCGCAACAGACGGAAACUAUUUAGAAGAGAAACCACAUCCAUGCCAAAUACAACAAGAAAAAUUACAAAAUCUUUUACAACUAAUUCGUGUUAAACAAAAUGAAUUGAACUCGUCAACUGAAAAAUUGAAUAACAUUCAAAAAUCAAAAGAUAGUGAAUCAGCACUCGACGAGAGUCAACAAAAGAAGUUGCUUAAUACCGCAAAUCUUCUACAGAUUAAGUUGGACAAACUUCAAAGUGACGUUAAUAAAAAACUAUCUCAAAUCGAUAAGAUUCAGAAGGCUUAUUCUGUUGCCCAAAAUGAAAUCGACACUUAUAAACAGUCGUGUGAUGAUCUUGAAACUCGAUGGUUAAAUCUACAACAAGUCUUAUCCAGUAUGGAAGCAAAAGACUUAUUAAAAGCAGCAUCAUCUAUAUCUCCACCAUCUUCCCCAACUCUUACGAGACCAUCUAAUCAGUUAAAACAAAUACGCAGUCAAAUGAUUGAACUACAAGCUGAAUUAUUAGAACUGACUAACUAUACGGCUUCUAAUCAAAAUUCAAAUGUAACUUUAACGCAUGAAUUAAAUCAGUUGGAAUCGUUACUUCAAUCAGUUGGUGAUCGAAAACCACAACAAUCAAUUAGUAAGCUUCUAGACGAUCUUCAAUUAACAACGAAAAGACUGGAAACCAUUGGACAAGCCUUGGAAAUGAAUUUUGAAAUGUUUCAUGUCAAGGAUAUGGAUCAGUUCUCGAUUCAUUUUAUUAAAAAAUUGAACUUCAUAUUUGCUGAGUUACAAAAUAUUCAAUCGAAUGUAAAUGAAAAUGAGAAGAUAGCUAAUUUAAAUUCAGAGACAACAAAACAACGAAUAGGAUAUUUUGAAGAAUUAUUAAAACAGCUUAGCGAUUGUAAAUUAAAUCUAAAUGAUGCUCGUAUUGAAUUAACUGGUAAAAUGACAUCAUUACCCGAUGAAAAGAAGCUAAGCCCAAUCUAUGCAAACUUCUCAACUACUCUAAAUCAGUAUAAUCUUCAGUGUAAUAAUGUGGAGAAACAAAUCAAUCAGCUAAUCGCUGCACUGAAUAGUCGAGUUAAACAAACUGAACAAUUGGCAACACUUCGUCAAAAUGUCAGUAGCUCAUUGAAAAAAGUUAGAGAAUCUCGUCAACAAUAUCCAGACAAAAAAUUCAGUCAAACAGAACUAGAUGAACUGAAUGCUGAUGUCCAAUCAUUGAAACAGUUGAGUGAAGAACUUUGUAAACCAGGAGAUAAAUCAUUGGACAGUCAGAUCAGUUCACAUCAAUUGGAGUAUGAAAUCAAAUCAAUAGAGAAUAUAAUUCGUGAUGAAUUGGCCAGUCCAUCGUCUGUUGUAGCGCCUGAUAAACAAGCUGAAAGGCUUAUAUCACAUUUACGUGAUACUCUCAUUGAGGUUCAACAUGAUCUUCACAUACUCUCUAGCCAUUCAAAAUCAGAUCUGUUUUCAGUAGAUCAAGAUGUGCUUACCUCACUACUCGAUGGUUAUUACACACUGAAUAGUCGUAUACUAGCCAGAAAUGAUAGUUUUGAACAACUAGAUAAAUUAAUUCAAUCUGUUAAUAAUGUGUCACGUCAGAAUAUAUUGAAUUCUGAAAAAGACCUGCUGAAAACUGAUUAUGAUUCUGUGCAUAAAGAGAUACAGUUCAAUUUGAAUAAGUUUCGGUUGGCUAAUGAAAGUGAGAAAUUAUUUAAUCAACGAAUGCAUGAAAUAUCAAAGUGGAUAAAACAGAAACAAGAUUAUCUAACUACGCCUUCAACAAUACAAGUGACCAAAACAACGCCUGGAAAUACAACAAUCCUAUCGGAUCUUGGUCAAGAACUAAAGAAAUUGAAAAAUUUAUCAGAGGAAAUUGAAAAUUAUCAGAAAAAUAUUGACGAAAUAAAAUUAAGCGGUGAACAGUUAUGCAAAUCAGGAGGACUUCUUGUAAAUGAAGAUUCUAUUCAAAAUCGACUAAUCAAUUUAAGUGACAUCUAUGAAGAAUUGAAAUCAGAUACUAAACGAAAACUGAUUCUUCUAGAAUCAGCUCUACCAGUAGCCCAGUGUCUCACAUCUUCUGUAAACACGCUUAGCUUACGUAUGGCAACAGCAGAAUCACGCUUAGAUGCACUACUUGAAAGUGAUGCCAAAGAAAUUUAUUCUGACCAGAUGCAGAAAUCAUUAAUAGAUCAAUUGGAAUUCGAAAUGGUCAACGCUUUAGAACCACAAUAUCAACAAGUUCAUGACUAUUGGGAUCAAUUAAAACAAAUUUGUAAGCCUAUUGAUUUAUUUACUAGCUCAUCAUCGUUGACAACAUGUCUACCUAGUCAUUCUGAUGAAAAACUUGGACAUGUGGAACAGAUUGACAAUGAACUAAAACGAUACGAGGAAUUCAACAGAAAGCUGACAGAUUUAGCCAGAAUGGUUGGUAGUAAUCGACAAAAAGCAAUACAAUUAAUGGAUAAAUUAGAACCGAAAUCUGAAUGGUUAGAUUUAGCACUGAGACGUUGGGAUCCAAAAAUAUCUGACACACCUUCAUUAGAUUGGGAUGCCUAUUUAGAUGAAAGUAGCUUUAUGAUUGAUGAACCACCAGAACAAAUGCCAACAUUGAAUUCCCUUGGUACAGAGUACCCUUAUCUAGCUGUUUUAUCAUAUCAACCUGAUAUGCUUGAUAAACUUCAUGAAAGAAUGGAACAGUUUCAGGAAAAUUGGAAAAAACGUCAAGUUGAAAUAAAUAAACUCUGUGAUGAAAUCUAUGAUGUUAUGCAGUUGUCAACAAAUUCCACGAGUUAUGCGCUAAUUACAAGUGGUACAGCUGUCACUUCACAGAAUCUCUCACCAUCUCAUAAAUCAAGCAAAUCUUUUGUACCAUUUACAACAGAUAAAUUCUAUCAUGAAUUAGGCGAUCUUGUAUCAAGUGUUUCAAAGCAAAUUAUCUCACUUGAUAACCGUCUUAGUCAAGCGGAAAUCAGAUUUGCUGAAGUUUAUCCGUUGGCUAAAUGCUUUACAAAAGAUGUCAAUGAAUUUCAACAGUGGUUUCAACAAAUUGUCUCGAAAUAUGAAGAUGUCAGUAACUUACCUCAUUCUGACGAUGAUGAUCAUGACUUUGGCGGUAAUCGAAAAAGACUUGAAAGUAUUAAGAGUCUGGAUGAAGAAGUCAACCGUCAAAAAUCUGUACUAGAUAGAAUUAUACGAACAAGUGGACCUUUGUUAUCCCUAAUCGCUCCAAAUGAAGCUAAUGCCGUCCACUCACAGAUUAAACAGAUCUGUGACUCCUACACCAAUUUACGUAAAUUAAUUAAAAGUCGAGUGAUCAACGCAGAAACCGGUUUGAAACAAUCAGAUGAAUUUGUCGAACAGUUGCAUUCAAUGACAGACCUAUUUGCUGCUAUUUCUGAACAAGCUGUUCGUUUAGGUGUACCAUUAGAAAUAACUGGUACCACUGUUAAACCAUCUAUAUCGUCACAUCAUCAAGCUCAAAUACCAGAACAGUUACUAGACCAACAUCAGGCGUUAGAUAUGCUGGGUAGAAUACAUUCAAUGACAAGUGUUCAACCAGAUCAUUUAGAGGAACAUAUAAGUGGAACUUCAGCUUUAAUGGAAGCAUUGGAAUCUCGUCUGCCUGAAUUAGAGGCUCUUACUGUAAGUAUUAGAGCCCAACUAGAAACAAAACCCACUGUCAAGGAAUCAACUAAAAAGCGUGAAUCAGGAACAGUAGAACUGAUUGAGUCAGUUGACUUAGAAGCAGUCUUGAAGAAUGCAGAAAAACUACAAACUGAUUGGAUACACCUUCAGAAUAAACUAACUGCACGUGUCAACACAUUACAAUCAGCCUACAGAACAUCAUCUGAACAAUUUUGGCCAGUUAUAAGUGAUCUAAGAAAUAAAUUAGAUAAAAUUAAAGAAGCAUUAAACAUUAUUGCAACUGGUUGUAGUAGAAAUGAUCCGUGUACUCGACGCGACCCACUUGAUCCUAAAAGUUAUAAAGAACAAUAUCAAGAGUUAGAUGAUUUAAGAGAAGAAUUGGAUGAUGUCAAUCAACACUUGAACAAAUCAUAUGAAGCUGGACAACGCUUAAUUCGUCUAAUUAACGGUCAAUCCGAUGAUAAGCCAACCAAAGUAACUGAUAGUUUUAUUUUAAGACGAGAUGAAGAACAAGCUAUACGCAAUGAAGUUGAUUAUGCCCUGCAUGGUUUAAAAGUACAACAAGAACAUCUUGUUAAUAAGUGUAAACAUUUGACUAAAGAAUUAAAUGAACGUGAGUUGUGCGCUUCACAAUUUAAGUCUGAUUUAGAAAAUUUAUUAAAAUGGUUGUCAGAACAAGAGAAUAUCUGGGAUAAUUUCGCGCCUAUAUCAAAUAAUGUUGAGACUGUUACUAAACAACUGAAUGAAAUUGUUCAGUGGAACGACAAUUUAAUGAACAAACACGCUGAGGUAGAAGCGUUAAAUUGGUCAGCUGGAAAGCUUAUGUCUAAUGCAGAUAAUGAAUGUUUUACUUUGGAUGACACAAGUGAUGAUGGAUCAUUCCCAGUUCAACAGAAUUCAUCCUUGCAGUCUGAUUUGACUGCAGCUAACCGACGAUGGGAUAACCUACUAGAUUCGGGAAACAGUAGACGUCAUCGUCUACAGACUGUUCUUCUUGGUCUAGGUGAAUUCGAAAGUGCCAUAGAUGGAUUAGUCAAGUGGAUUCAACAAAUGCAAACAACUGUUGAUCAGAUACCUGUACGUCGUGGAAAUAUUAGGGGAUUGGAGGCUGAUUUAGCACGAAUCAAAGUCAUUCAUCAUAAUAUUAACAGUCAUCAAUUGUCUGUUGUAAGAAUACAAGAACAAGCAAGAAAACUGGAAUACAAUGAACACAAGAAGAAAGAUAAAUCGCCUGCAAAUGAUGAUAUGAACAAAGAUGAUAAGACAAAACAACAAAUUUCAGAAGCCAAAACAUUAGACCUACGAAAUAAAAUUAUUCAAAUGAAUAAAGCAUGGGAAUAUUUGAAAUUAAGUGUACGCAAUAAACAAGCUGCUCUGGAAGAAGCCUUAAGUGAGACUUUUAACUUCCACGGUCAACUGGACAAACUCAUACGCCGUACCCGCCAGCUAAAAAACCGGAUGCCACUACCAGGUGCACGUAUUAUGGGUGGUUUGCCUGACAGUGCACGCGAUCAGCUACGCCGCUUCAUGGAAGUUUAUGAUGAACUUAUUGAAGUUGGUACAGAGCUGGAUGAACUGCGUCGAAACUCAGCUGCUCUAUUAGUCAAUCAGUCUACUUUAGAGUCAACUGAUCAUUUAAUUGCAAAUCUAAAUCGCUUCUCUGAUCAUCAUGCCCAACUGGUACAACAAGCUCAGAGUAUUCGUGAGAAGAUGGAAUUAGGUUUGAGACAGGUAGAAGAAUUUCAUGAUCAUCUGUCUCAAAUGAUGCAAUGGUUAACACAAAUGGAGCGUGCUAUUAUACAACAGAAACCAGUCAGUCGAAUUGUAGCGCGUCUAUUCCAACUGAUUCGUGAUCAUACGGAACUACGUAAAGAGAUCACUGGACACCGGGAUGCCUUAAUUAAUUUAGACCGUUUAGGGAGUCAAAUUCAGUGUCAAGCACAAAAGCAAGAUGUUAUCUUAGUGAAAAACCUUUUGUCUAGCAUUCACACAAGAUGGGAGCAAUUAGUUUCACGUAGUGCAGAACGGACACGUCAACUAAACACCGGUCUUAAGGAAGCAACUAAUUUCCUUGAUAAUUGGACAACAUUAACUGACUGGUUAAAAGAACAGUUAGCUGCAUUAGAAGAAGACGGUGAUCGUGUGGCUACAAGACCAGAGAAGGUGGCUUACCAAUUAGCAUUACAUCGUGAAUUACAGCGACAGUUGAGUACACGUACUGUAACCUAUGAUGCAGUACGUCGCUAUGCUAGACAGCUACGCGAUAGAGCCCCAGUAUGUGAUCAUGAUGAAUUAGAUGACAUGGUCAGUGAACUGAAACACUUGUGGCAAGCAGUGUGUGCAAAAGCAUUAACCAGACAACGUGUUUUGGAACAAGCUCUUCUAGCGGCUGGUUUGUAUAAAGAGGCACUGGAAGCUUUACUUGAUUGGUUAGGAAAAAUUGAACCCCAAUUAGCCGAACAACAGACUGGAAUUUAUGGUGAUGUAGAUACUGUAGAGCAACUAUUAGAAUCUCAUCAUCGCUUCAAAGCUGAAUUGGAACAACGUGCUACAUCAGUGAAGUUAAUACGUCAAGCUGCCAAUGAUCUAAUGACUAAGGCUGCAUCAUCCAAUACAGAUUCUGGGAUUUCUUCAUCAACUGGAAAUCAAGCUGAUGUUAUUGCUAUGCAAUCGCAAUUAAAUCACUUAACUAAAAUAUGGGAUCGUGUUCAGAAUUUAUCUCAACGUCGAAGUGAACGACUAGAUCAAGCUUUGAAAAUGGCUGAACAAUUUCAGGAUACUUGUCGAAGUCUAAUGGAUUAUUUUGCGGGUGCAGAACGUGUUAUUCAUCGUUUAGCUGCUUUGCCUACCUUCGAUGACGAUGAAGAUCUGGAAGGUGAAACUGUUGCAACUAAUGCUGAUGGUCCACCGAUUAAUCUAACCAAUGCAAUUACCGCUCAUCAGCAAACACAUGCAAAUUUAAUGAAUCAGGCUGACCGUGUUGAAGCUGCUUUACAGUUGGGCAAUAAACUUCUAUCUCAGGCUCAUCCAGCAGCUAUGAAACGUUUACGUCAGUGGGUGAAUACUAUUCGUACGCGUUGGGAAGAGUUAACAUCUUGGUCAGAACAACGUGGAGAACGUUUACAACAAGCACUAGAAGAACAGCAUAAAAGAAAGAUUCAGUGUGACGAACUUGUGAAAUGGAUUAACUCGAAAAUUAAUGGACUGAAAAAUAUUUCAGUCUCACUGCCAGUAUCUUUAGCAUCUUCUUCAACAAAUCUACAUUCAGCAAAAAGUAAACUUGACUCUGAGGAGUCUAAUCACAGUGGACAAUCUCUGGAUAACAAAGACUUAUUCUCUGCUACACAAGAACGAAUUGCCUUAUCUUCUGCAGCCUCUUUAAUACCUGUGCCUACUGGUAGUGUUAAAACUUUAAAACAGUCUGAAAAUGUAGCAGACUCAACGUUGAUUAUCAAUGAAAUUACUGAACCUUCAAUUGUUGAACAUUUACUCCGUUUACAUGGUCAAUUAGAAGAGGAAAUCAAACAAAAGCAGCCAAUUUAUGAAGAUAUAAUCAAGCAUGCAAAACGACGUACUCCAGUCAAGUCAACAAAUACAUCUAAUACUCGUCGAGGUCGUAUGUCUAUGAGAUCUGGAGGAACACGGUUGAAUCGUACACCUAGUUCAACAAAUCAACAACAGCAUAGUCCAAUUGUAUCUAUUUUUACUUCAUCAAAUAUUAAUCAGUUAUAUUCAAGUUGGAGAGAACUAUGGUUAGCUAUGUUAGCGCGCAAAUCUCAUCUGAAUGAACGUCUUGCCUAUUUAAAUGAAAUGGAAAAAAUGAAAGAUUUUCAAUUUGAAUCAUGGCGUCAACGUUAUGUUUCAUGGUUAAGUGCAAAUAAAGCACGUGUUAUUGACUUGUUUCAUCGUAAAGAUCGUGAUCGUGAUGGUCGACUUACAAGGGCUGAAUUUAUCGAUGGUAUUAUAGAAAUGAAGUUUCAAACCAGUCGUGUUGAAAUGGAAGCAGUUGCAGAUAUAUUCGACGCCAACGGUGAUGGUUAUAUCGAUUAUCGCGAAUGCCUAAAUGCCCUAAGGACCAACUAUAUAAAUCUAGACAGAGCAUCAUCCUCUAAUACAACAGGCGGUAGUUCGUUGAGUUUGAAUCGUUUCGGUCCGUCAGAUGAAGAGACUAUUAAUGAUGAAUUAAGACGUCAAGUGGGUCUUUGUACAUGUCAUAAUACAUAUAAGAUUAGAAAAAUGGCAACAAAUAAGUAUCGGUUUGGAGAUUCACAAAAGUUAUGCCUGGUUCGUAUUCUUCGCAGUGCUGUUAUGGUUCGUGUUGGCGGUGGUUGGGUAGCAUUGGAUGAGUUCUUAGUGAAAAAUGAUCCUUGUCGAGAUGCUUGUGAACGCUUGACUAGUAUAGCUGAUCUGGCUAAAGCAGCUGGUGUUGGUAGAAGUUCCUACUGGCUUCCUCCUCCUUUCCCUCAACACUUCGCUUCUUCUUCUUCUGCAACACGAACAGCAGUAGUGAAUCCAUCUAGUCGUUCUGAUUUAAAUGUUUCUCGUCAUACACGUAAUCAUUCUGCAUUGAGUUCAAAUAGUAGUUGUAGUGGUAGUGGUGCUGGCAUUGAUUCUAGUACAAAUAGUUCUACAAAUAAAAAUCCUACUUUAAAAGGGACACAUUGUAGCUCACGUUCAAAAUCUGUCAGUAAACGUUCACGUUAUGAUUCGCAUAAUUUAUAUCAGUUAACAAUGAAUGGUCCAGGACAAGACAAUGCAUUUUACUUAGUUAUGCCAAGUACAAAACCAAACCCAACAAAUCAUACCUCUUGUCUUUAUUUUUCCACUUCCCAAUGGAAAUCGACCUGUGAUCUAGACGAAGAUUUAAACAGUUCAACUGAUGGUGUAAUACCGUUAACACAAGGAAUAUCAGCAUUUCGUCGCAAAUCUUCGUCUCUAAUUAAUAAACCUUCUCAAAUGUUAUCACACAGUAGUACAGCUAGUUCAUAUGUCUCCUUGCCUGCAUCAAAUAAUGGUUUAAAUCAAACGAAAAGUAACAAUAAUGCUAAUAAUAAGCAUGGUUUUGACCGACAAACAAUGCCGACACGUCCUACAGCUACAUCACUUCCACAAUCAUCUAGAAACAGCAUACAUUUUGAAACAGUCAGUGAUAAAAGUGUAGACGAUAAUUUCCACCGAAGACGUGCAUCAGCGUUCUCUACACCAUCUUCUAGUAAUAUGACAUUAACAUUUUUAAAGGAUUUCAACAAUAAAAGAACUGGUGCUAUCCAAUCUGAUCAACUUCCUCAAAUUAGUAAGACCACUUCAAAGCUUCAACGUGACACAUCUUCACCGAAAAGUGAUGAACCGUUGACUGCUGAUUCGAAUCCAACACUAACAGCUGAUCCUAACUCUUGUGAUAUCGAUAUAAAAACAAAGGAAAACACUGUAACUUCUCGUCCCGGUUUACUUCACCUUGAUUCACGUGCGAAUAGUUCACCAAAAUCUAAAAUUCCUUUACCCCAACGCAAUUCACUAGCUGAUAGUUCAAGUCAUCAUCGAAUGGAUGAGUCAAACAACACUGUCAAUACCACUAUCAACAAUGAUGUUGACGAAAAUGACAAUAAGAAAAAGGAUUUCAAUAGUGAUAAUAAUAAUAAUAAUAAUGACGACGAUGAAUCUAGAUAUGACCUAGUUAACAUUGAAUGCACAUAA